CAGCCAGUAAAGCUUUUGUGGAGAUGUCUACAAGGACUUUGAUAUCUUGGACUUCCAUGAUUAUGGCUUUUGCACAACAUGGCCGCUCUCAACAAGCAUUGCAGCUUUUUGAGGAUAUGAGAUUAGCAGGCGUUAGACCGAAUAGGAUCACCUUUGUGGGCGUUCUUUCAGCUUGUAGCCAUGCCGGAAUGGUUGAUAGUGCAAUGGCUUAUUUUGAGAUGAUGAAAAGGGACUACAGAAUCAAACCCAUGAUCGACCAUUAUGCAUGUCUGAUUGAUAUGCUUGCAAGGAUAGGCAGGUUAGAUGAAGCUUUUGAUUAUAUUAAGAAGUUGAAACUUGAGCCCAAUGCGUUUAUAUGGUCAUCCUUCAUUGCAGGUUGUCGGAGUCAUGGGAAUUCAGAGUUAGGGUUGUAUGCUGCUGAACAGUUGCUCAGCCUUAAUCCAAAAGAUUAUGAGACUUAUAUAUUGUUGUUAAACAUGUACCACUCGGCAGGGAGAUGGCAAGAUUUUUCACGGGUUAGAAAAACGAUGACAGAGAAAAAACUCAAAAAAUUAAAGGAUUGGAGCUGGAUUAGCAUUAGAGACAAGGUUUAUUCAUUUAAGCGUGAUGAACGGUUGCAUCAACAAUGCAAAGGGGUGGACAAAUUAUUGGGGGAUUUGCUUGAGAAAGCAAGGACUCUUGGAUAUGAACCACAAGGAAGUUCAGAGAUAACGGAUGAGGAGAAUGUAGAAAUAACUUUAUCUACUAUUCAUCAUAGUGAAAAAUUGGCUCUUGCGUUUGGGCUGUUGAACACUCCAAAUGCUGGCCCUAUACGGAUUAUUAAGAGUAUUAGCACGUGUAGAGAUUGCCAUAAUUUUAUGAAAUUCAUCUCUGUAUGUAUUGAAAGGGAAAUCAUCAUUCGAGAUAGCAAGUGCCUGCACAGAUUUGUCAAUGGUCAAUGUUCAUGCAGGGAUUUUGGCAAUCUUCUUUGAUAUCAUUUGAACCUAAGCCAUGAGCUGACUAAUUUGUAAUGUGGUAAGACUCUCAC